AUGGCACCGAAGGCUACAAUCACUGUUUUUCUGUUUUUGAGUCUCUUUGGACUGAACACCAGCGACCACAGAAAACACUACUACGUGAAUAACAGUAUGAAGUGGUCAGAUGCACAGUCCUACUGCAAGAAUUACUAUGAUGACCUGUCCACUGUAAGCAAUGAAGAACUGCAACUGCUCUCUGAAAAUCCGCAGAUCACUGAGGAUUUUUAUUGGAUUGGACUUAGGAGAAGUUAUUUCCUGUGGACAUGGACCGGAGGUGAGGUUGCACUUGCAACUGAUGUCAACUGGGACGAAGGCCAACCUAAUUAUUAUAAUGAAUAUUGUUGUUCUGUCAAAAGGUCCUCUUCUAAAGUGCAUGAUGCUAAUUGUGACAUGACUAUGCCAUUUUAUUGUAUGGAGGACAUGGAGCUAAUCUUGGUGCAGCAGGAAAGUACAUGGGAAGAGGCCCUGCUAUACUGCAGACAAAACUACAGAGAUCUGGCCGUACUGAACUCAGAUAGGAUCAUGGAAAAGGCAAAAGAUAAGAGUACAGCAGCCUUGACAGAUAAUGUGUGGAUUGGUCUGCGCUUUAUCGCUGGUCACUGGUUUUGGGCAAAUAGAGAAGCUUUUGAAUAUAAGGUCUGGUCUUCAGGUGGAGAGCUCCAGUGCCCUAUGAAUCAGCGCUGUGCAGUUCUGAACCGUAAUAGUAUGGGUUGGAAACCUGUGGACUGUGAGAGGAGGUUAAACUUUCUCUGUCUCAAUAAACCAUGA